UGACACACGUGCUUUGGGCGGCAAAGAGUCGAGACGCGCAUGCGGUGAUGUUGCUGUUGAGGCGAAGCGGCUGCCACCAUGGAGACAGAGGAGGACCUCUUUGGGCGCCAUAAUGCCAACGGGAGGCGGCUGCAGGCGGGCGGAGCAGAACCAGGAGAAGGAGAGCGCGGCGGGUCUUCUUACCAAUGGCUGGGUCGACGGAUGCAGGAUAUUUCUGGCGACAGAGGAGUAUUGAAGGAGAUUAUCCGUGCUGGCUCUGGUGAAAUAGUGCCCCCUAAUGCUUCAGUCCUAGUGAAGUUUUCUGGGUACUUGGAAUACAUGGACAGACCCUUUGACACAAACUGCUUCCGGCGCAAUCCCAGGCUUAUGAAACUUGGAGAAGAUAUUACUCUAGCGGGUAUGGCGCUUGGACUGGUGACGAUGAAGAAGGGAGAACUGGCGAGGUUUCUCUUCAAGCCUAAUUAUGCCUUUGGAGCGAUGGGCUGCCCGCCUAUGAUCCCUCCCAAUGCCACAGUUCUGUUUGAGAUUGAGCUUUUGGACUUUCUGGACUCGGAAGAAUCAGACCAGUUCUUUAAUCUGACUCGGGAGCAACAGAAGGGGUUCCCGCUCCAGAAGGUGCUGAAGGUGGCGGCAACAGAGCGGGAGUUCGGCAAUUACCUCUUCUGCCAGAAGCACUUCGUGGAUGCCAAAGAGAGAUACAAGCGUGCCUCGUCGAUCUUGCUCCGUGUGAAUGCUGAGAAGGCCGAGCAAGCUGAAGUAGACGCUGCCAAGCUGCUGGUUUUCCUGAACUUGUCGUUCACGUACCUGAAGCUGCAGCUCCCGGCCCGAGCGCUCGCCUACGGAGAGAAGGCCUUGGAAGUCGACCAGAAGAAUGCCAAAGCCCUUUUCCGGUGUGGUCAGGCAUGCCUCUCUCUGGCAGAGUACGAGAGAGCUCGAGAUUUCCUGGUCAAAGCUCAGAGGGAACAGCCUUUCAACCACGACAUCAACAACGAACUGAAAAAGCUGGCCAGCUGUUACAGUGAUUACAUGACGAAGGAGAAGGAGAUGUGCUGCAGGAUGUUUGGACCCCUCCGCCCUCCUCCCCCAGGAGCAGAAUUAAAGAGUGCUGCUAUGCAGAAGAAAGGAGCUCUUCCAUAAUGGGAGGGGAGGCCCAUUUCACCAUCCCCAGCAGUUGAGUCCUUGUUUUGGAAGCACCCGUGGAGGAUCCUUGCUUCAUCUGGAGUUCUCAGAACUGAGACAACCUUU